AAUAUUCUCUUUUUCAUCAAGUCUUUUAGUUUUCUUUAACCCUUUCAGAGUCAAGAUUUCUCUAUGAAAAAUAUGAAUAGGAGUUUGAAGAAGGGGAAGGAGUCCUCGACCCCCAACAGAUAGAGGAGAAUUUAUUGAAUCACAUAGUUUGGGAAAAGAUGGAAGGGUCACUUCCCACGUGAGAAAAUGUUUUCCAUUUUUUAAAGCAUAUAAUAUCCUGCUAUGAUUCUGGAGCGUUUGUAAGGUUGCACGGUGGUUUUGGAGACCCGUUUGGGGAACAACCUACGAAUCCGAUCGAUCGAUCGAUCGACCGUGUGAUGUAUCAGUGGAGGAAGUUCGAGUUUUUUGAGGACAAGUACGCUGCAAAAUGCGACAUUCCCGAGGAUGAGGAUGAUGAUGUUGAUGAUGAUGUCAACAACAAGAAGAAGAAGAAGACGGAGAAGAAGAUCGAGUGUUGUUCCAGUGGCAGAGGCAAGGUGGUGACUGGCUUCGAUGAUGGUACAGUUUGCUUGCUCGAUCGAGGCCUCAAGUUCAAUUUUGCAUUUCAACCUCACUCUUCUUCUGUUCUCUUUCUUCAGCAGCUCAAGCAACGCAACUUCCUAGUAACUAUUGGGGAAGAUGAACAGCUUAGUCCCCAGCAAUCAGCUUUGUGCCUGAAGGUUUUUGACCUUGAUAAGAUGCAAUCUGAGAGUUCGAGCAAGGCGAGUCCUGAUUGUGUUGGGAUAUUGCGUAUAUUCACUAAUCAGUUUCCUGAGGCAAAGAUUACAUCUUUUUUAGUCUUAGAAGAAGUACCACCUAUACUACUCAUAGCUAUUGGCUUAGACAAUGGUUCUAUUUAUUGCAUUAAAGGAGACAUUGCACGGGAGCGAAUCACCCGUUUCAAGCUUCAGGUGGAAAACCAUUUGGACAAAGCUCUUUCCUCCAUAACUGGUCUUGGGUUUAGGGUGGAUGGUCAAUCGUUACUGUUAUUUGCUGUAACUCCAAAUUCUGUAAGCUUGUUCUCAUUGCAUGAUCAACCACCAAGAAGGCAAACCCUUGAUCAGAUUGGAUGUGGUAUAAACAGCGUUGCAAUGAGUGACCGCUCGGAGUUCAUAAUUGGUCGACCAGAGGCAGUAUAUUUUUAUGAAGUUGAUGGGCGUGGUCCGUGUUGGGCUUUUGAGGGAGAGAAGAAAUUGCUAGGAUGGUUUCGCGGAUACCUUUUGUGUGUCAUUGCAGACCAAAGAACAGGAAAACACACUUUCAACAUCUAUGACCUGAAGAAUCGUUUAAUAGCCCACAGUGUGUUGGUUAAAGAAGUUUCUCAUAUGCUCUAUGAAUGGGGUAACAUCAUACUCAUUAUGACUGACAAAUCAGCUUUAUGUAUUGGGGAAAAGGAUAUGGAAAGCAAGUUAGAUAUGUUAUUUAAGAAAAACCUAUAUAAUGUAGCAAUUAAUCUUGUUCAGACUCAGCAAGCAGAUGCUGCAGCUACUGCUGAAGUGCUAAGAAAAUAUGGCGAUCAUCUUUAUAGCAAGCAAGACUACGAUGAGGCAAUGGCUCAGUACAUUCUUACCAUUGGUCACCUUGAACCUUCGUAUGUGAUACAGAAGUUUUUGGAUGCUCAAAGAAUCUACAACCUUACAAAUUACUUGGAAAGGCUACAUGAGAAGGGUCUUGCUUCUAAAGAUCACACCACACUUCUAUUAAACUGUUACACCAAAUUGAAAGAUGUUGAAAAGUUAAAUCUAUUUAUUAAAAGCGAUGACAGCAUUGGGGAACUUAAGUUCGAUGUGGAAACAGCAAUCAGGGUUUGCCGUGCCGCCAAUUACCAUGAGCACGCAAUGUAUGUUGCAAAGAAGGCAGGGAGGCAUGAAUGGUACUUGAAGAUCUUGCUUGAAGAUCUUGGUAGUUAUGAAGAGGCCUUGGAAUAUAUUUCAAGUCUUGAAUCAAGUCAGGCAGGGAUGACAAUAAAGGAGUAUGGUAAAAUUCUAAUAGAGCACAAGCCAGUGGAGACAAUUCAGAUUCUCAUAAGGCUUUGCACAGAGGAUGGUAACAAAAGAGGAGAUUCAAAUGGUGUGUAUGUAUCAAUGUUGCCAUCUCCUGUUGAUUUUCUUAGCAUCUUCAUCCAUCAUCCCGAGUCCCUUAUGGAUUUUCUUGAAAAAUAUACCAAUAAGGUCAAGGACUCACCUGCUCAAGUGGAGAUUCACAAUACCCUCUUAGAAUUGUAUAUAUCCAAUGAAUUGAACUUUCCUUCAAUUUCUCAAGUUAGUGAGGAUGGAGAUUACCUUAAUUUGGCAUCAGCAAAAACUAUGAUUUUAAGUGCUCAGUCCAACGGAACCACUGCUGAUCACAAAAGUUCAGAAGAGGGAAGGAACCGUCUUGAAAGGCGUGAAAAGGGUCUACGCUUACUUAAGAAUGCAUGGCCUCCAGAAACGGAACAUCCACAGUAUGAUGUUGAUUUAGCUAUUAUACUGUGUGAAAUGAAUGCAUUCAAAGAUGGGCUUUUGUAUUUGUAUGAAAAGAUGAAACUCUAUAAAGAAGUGAUUGCUUGCUUUAUGCAAACACAUGAUCAUGAGGGGUUGAUUGCAUGCUGCAAAAGGCUGGGGGAUUCAGUUAAAGGAGGGGAUCCAUCUCUUUGGGCAGAUGUAUUGAAAUAUUUUGGUGAGCUAGGAGAAGAUUGUUCCAAAGAAGUAAAAGAAGUUUUGACUUAUAUUGAGAGGGAUGAUAUUUUGCCCCCCAUUAUUGUCCUUCAAACUCUUUCCAGAAAUCCAUGCCUCACACUUUCUGUGAUCAAGGAUUACAUUGCUCGAAAGCUUGAGCAGGAAUCAAAGAUGAUUGAGGUGGACCGACAAGCUAUAGAAAAAUAUCAGGAAGAUACACUGGCAAUGAGAAAAGAGAUUCAAGAUCUUAGGACAAAUGCUAGAAUUUUUCAGCUUAGCAAGUGCACUGCAUGCACUUUCACCCUUGAUCUACCGGCUGUGCACUUCAUGUGCAUGCACUCAUUCCAUUUGCGCUGCCUUGGCGAUAAUGAAAAAGAAUGCCCUGAGUGUGCUCCUGAAUAUAGGUCUGUCUUAGAAAUGAAAAGAAAUUUGGAGCAAAAUUCUAAGGAUCAGGACAGGUUUUUCCAGCAGGUCAAGAACUCUAAAGAUGGGUUUUCUGUCAUUGCUGAAUAUUUUGGGAAGGGUAUCAUCAGCAAAACAAGUAAUGGAUCCGCGUCUGGUCUGAGAUCUGGGAAUGCAUCAUCCAGUAGUGGCUUCUAAGGUUAAUGAUUUUAUGCCGCUUCCUUUCAACACUUUUCUCCAUUCAACACUAAACAAGUUGGGCUCUGGAUAAUGGAUGGAAUUGAUUAUUUGACUUCUCCAUUAGUGCUUGCUGUCCAGCCUCCAUAUUCUGGAUCACAAGGUUCAUAUUUUCCAUAUUGUGCUGGCUGUUAAGAUUUACUCAGGAGUGGCUCAUUCAUGAAGGGAAGUCCCAGAAUGGUCUUUUGAUGUUAUGGCAGAAUGUUGAGCUUUUUGGGAGGAUUUGAAGUUGCUGGUUGUAUGAACCUGAAAAGAAUAAUUUCGUGACAGCCUCUUCUUGGUGGAAAUAUUGGACAAAUACUUUUGGCAAUGUGAGGCUUUUAGGUAUGAAUUCAAGUGAUACCUUUUUUUUUCUUUUUCUUUUCGGUGUGUAAAAUUAUGGCAGAUUGAGAUCAUGCAGACGAGAAUUUUAUUUUUACAUAUAAAUGUUUAAUUUAUGUGAAGGCCAUGAGAAAUAGUAACAAUAUGGCUUCUGUCUGUUUUAACCAAUAGCCAUUGAUUUU